GCUCCUCUAUUUAAGCACACCAUCUUUUCUUCUUUUUACUUUCUUCUUCUCAUCACAUCUACCUAGCUAUGCCUAUUUCCUUCUCUUUCUUCCUCUUUCUCUGAACUUUCUUUCCCUUCUUCUUCUCUUUUUCAUCUAACAUAACAUAUAAGAAUCACACAUACUACAUAUAUCUAUAUAUAUACAUAUACAUACACAUAACUGAAGCCAUCAAGCAGUGUAUACACACAUAUAUAUCUGCUUCUUGAAGAACAAGUUAGAUAGUUUGUUGUUGUUGUUGUUGCUUAAGGCUUUUGAUUUUGAUGAUGGAAGAACCUGUUGUGGUUAGCAAAGGAGACGAGCCUUUGGAUUUGCCUCCAGGUUUCAGGUUCCACCCCACAGAUGAAGAGAUCAUCACAUGUUACCUCACAGAGAAAGUGCUGGAUAGAGCCUUCAGUGCAACUGCUAUUGGAGAAGCUGAUUUGAACAAGUGUGAGCCUUGGGACUUGCCCAAGAAAGCAAAGAUGGGGGAGAAAGAUUGGUACUUCUUCUGCCAAAUGGAUAGGAAGUAUCCAACAGGGUUGAGAACCAAUAGAGCAACACAAUCUGGGUAUUGGAAGGCCACUGGGAAGGACAAAGAGAUUUUCAAAGGGAAGAACAAUCUUGUGGGGAUGAAGAAGACCCUUGUGUUCUAUAGAGGAAGAGCCCCAAAGGGAGAGAAAACAAAUUGGGUUAUGCACGAAUUCAGAUUGGAAGGAAAAUUCGCAUGUUACAACCUUCCCAAGGCUGCAAAGGAUGAAUGGGUUGUGUGCAAGGUUUUCCACAAGAGCAACACUGAUGUUAACAAAAGGGUACUCCCAAUUAACCCUGGCAUUGGCCUUCUGAGAAUGAACUCAGUAGGAGAAGAUCUAUUUGAUUUCUCUUCACUUCCACCUCUUGUGGAUCCUCUCUUUGAUCAACCCUCACACAAAAAACACAUUGACAAUGAUUUCAAGGGUACUAGUAAUAGUACUAACACUUACACACCUUCAUCAGCUUCAUCAUCAGCAGCGGCUGAACCACCCUAUUACCUUCCCAAUUUCAUCAACAACAAUCAUCACAUGCAGAUGAAGAUGAUGAUGAUGAUGAAGCCUGAAGAACACAGAAUCUGUGAGACACCUCUCACCAACGUUAACUAUGCCUCCACCUGCCAAGGGAAUCUCAACUCUAACAACAACCCAAUGGGAAUUGGCACAAGCAAUCAUAACCCCCUUCAAAACACAACCUCACCCUUCAACAUGUUCCAAGAUUACUAUAUGCACCAAGGCAACAACAGUUUCCAGCAGUGCAAGAGGGAGCAAUUCUCCAACACUGUGGUCAGUGCCUCUCAAGACACGUGCCUCAGUAACGACAGAAACACUGACACUUCCUCGGUGGUGUCAAAGCAAGACAACAUGGGAAGGAACAAGGCAUUGUACGAGGAUCUUGAUCAAGCUCCUUCAUCAGUUGCUACCCUCUCAGAUUUGGAUUGCCUCUGGGAUGAUUACUGAACAAGAUCAAAUAAAACACAUGAUCAAGCAAGAAACUAAUCAAAGCAAGUUUGUUCAUUUAUGGUAUAUAUAUAUUAUAUAUACCAUAGUUAUCUAUUUUCUGAUUAUAUAUAUACAGAGAUAUAUGUUAUAUGUUAGACAUGGAAAAGGUUCUGGGAUACUUAUACUGUAUAGAUUUAUGAUUGAUUAAAUAGAUUAUCCAGGUCUUGUUAUAGUUAGGUUUUUAUUGAGUAGAUCAAUUAAGGAGAAGGAUUUGAUGAUGCUCAUGUACAUUUUUUUCUUUUGUUAUAAAUUAGUGGGUUUAUUUUAUUAA